AGCACAUCCCCGACGCCGAGGAAUGCAGCGCUGCAGGUCGUCAUAGAUGACUUAAAGGCAGCAGUGUCACUCGCAGCAGUGACAUACAACAACCACCAUCAACAACACAAAUGUCAACCUACACACCCCAGCGCUACGUCACAGGCCACAGCCCGACCGGCCUGUCAGCCAUCACGUCGUCUGGCCCGAUCGCGUUCGUGCCGGCCGGCAAGAGCGGCUCGUCAAUGGCGGUACCUUGGGAGACGUCCUUCCCCGCCGCGUGCGAAGGCCACGACACGGAACGCGACGGCGCCGCGGCGCCCCUGCACGCCGAGCACGGGACGACGGGGCGCGUUGUGACGCUCGCGGCUGGCGCCAGCGCGCCAAUGCACCGCACCUCGACGGUGGACUAUGUCGUCGUCCUCGCCGGCAGCGUCACCCUCCAGCUGGAAGACGGCGAGGCCGACCUGCACGCGGGCGACGUCGCGAUCCAGCGCCGCACCCUGCACGCGUGGCAUAACCGCUCCGACAAGCCCGCGACCUUCUUCGCGGUCAUGGUGAGCGCCAGCUUGCCCGUCGUGGCUGGUGGGCAGCUGGGGGCCGAGCUGCCGGAUGCUUGGCGGAACAGUAGUAUGUAGAUGUGAGUGAUGUGAGCGUGUGCUGCAG